AUGAAGCUAUUUGGUUUUCCCAUGAAGGGCUGUGACGAGUCCCCGGUGGCAGUGCCACGCGAUGCGGUCAUCAGACGGUUCGAGUGCCAAUACUGCAAUCGAGAAUUCUCCAAUUCUCAAGCAUUGGGCGGCCACCAGAAUGCCCACAAGAAAGAACGACGGAGCGCCAGGAGGGCCCAGUUGGAGACCGAUCAUCGUCAUCAACGGCUCAGAACGACCAUCCCGCUUCUCGAUCUCCAUGCAGUUCGAUCAGGACCGUUCCUACACUCAACUGGCUCCACAAGAGCCAUCGCCCAUCCUGGAAGGGCACUUCAUGAUCGGAAGGCGUGGAUGACCCAAGAUGAUCAGAUGGACCCCCCAGAGCCCCCGGUAGAUGAUAAAUUGGACAUUGAUCUUCAUCUCUGA